CAUCAUAGGGUUCGUUUAGUGUUUUUAAAGUCCCGUUUUAGUUUGCAAGACGUGUCCGGAAUCCUUGCAUCUGUAAUAGUAAUCCAACGUUAAUGUUUGAAAACAAACUCAUACCAAUUUAGUUUUGAACUUUUAAGAUGAUGGUUUUGGAAGCACGUUCUCCGUCAUGUGAACUAACCUAACUGUGUUAAUAGUUUAACAGAUGUUUAGUGUUAGUGUUAGCAUGUCCGUUAACUAGUUGGCAUCGGUACUUGUUUGGGCCACGUGUCAAGUGCAGGACAGUUAUUCAACUGUUGUUAUUGCAUGGAGCUGGUUGUAGCUUAAAGUUACGUGACUUGCUGGACAGAGCUAUGUUAUGUGAAUGCUCAGCAUAUGUGUAUGUAAGCUAACGCAACAUGUUCUAGUCAAAGUUAACGACGGAGUUUGUUUCAAGCUGUCAAUUGCCAUUGAUUUUGCUGCAUAGCUAUUGACGUCAAGCUGUGUUCUCCUGCUUCAGUUCUUUUCAAUCAUUGUUGGUUUCUGAAGAGGAACAAAGGUUAACGCCGUCUGUCAUAUAGAACAAAAUGUUGGACUGUCCUAGUGUGACCCCCUUUUCAGUUUGUUACAAAAGGAUCUUCACAAGUCUCGACAAUGUUUAACACUAUGAGCAACAGCCAUUGUCACCACAAAGGAUGAUCUACCUGCCCAAAAUUCAGAGGCAUAAUUGUUAAAUCACACAUUACUAACAUAACUUGGGCUCAGACAUAGUUGCUGUUUUGUUAUUCAGUCAGCCCUGGUCAAACCCCUUGUGAUCCUGUGGCCUUUGAGAAAAUGGUGGACAGCUUGGCCAGUGGAGAUGGCGUGAAGGACAGUGGAGAGUCUCUGGCCAAAGAGGAGAAUGGGCACCUACCGGACCCUGAGGAGCUUCAGCCCGUACCUCCCAAAUCCAAGGCUGACCCUGAGGCUCAGACUGGCAUGCCGCCGCGGGCUUGGAAGUGGUCUGUCAUCUUCCUCUGCUUCUAUGGCUUCAUGGUUCAGUUGAAGCCAGGGGAACCCUUCAUCACGCCGUACCUGCUCAGCAUGGAGAAGAACUUCACCAAAGAGGAGGUCACUAAUGAGAUCAUCCCGGUGUUGUCCUACUCGUACAUGGCGGUGCUGGUGCCGGUGUUCCUCCUGACGGACUACCUGCGCUACAAGCCUGUGCUGGUGCUGCAGAGCAUGAGCCAUGUGUCCAUCUGGCUGCUGCUCUACCUGGGCUCCACCCUGCUGGAGAUGCAGUUCAUGGAGUUCUUCUACGGCAUCACCAUGGCGGCACGCGUGGCUUACUCCUCCUACAUCUUCUCGCUGGUGCCACCGUCCGAGUACCAGCGCGUGGCCAGCUACUCGCGCACGUGCGUGCUCAUGGGCGUCUUCGCCAGCUCGGUGCUGGGCCAGCUCUGCGUAUCACUGGGCAACGUAACGUACGCCACGCUCUCGGCCGUCUCGCUGGGCUUCGUCAGCUUGGGCCUGCUGCUGUCCACCUGUCUGCCCUGGCCAGGCCGGAGCAUGUUCUUCAACAAGACCUGGCGCGCCGAGGAGGCUAAGAAAGCUGCUGGCGGCGCCGCCACCCAGGCGGAGUUGGCCCAAAUGCGGCCCAGUGGCAAAUCGGCGACGCUCGUCCCAUCCUCGUGUUUCUCCUCAUCCUGGAAGGACUCCGUGUUCGUGAGCAUGCUGAAGGAGCUGAGGAAUGUCGUGCGUGUGCCCAGCCUACGGCUCUGGAGCCUGUGGUGGAUAUUUAACUCCACUGGCUACUACCUGGUGCUCUUCUAUGUGCACACCCUGUGGAACAAGCUCGCCCCCUCCACUGAGAACAAGGUCUACAAUGGUGGAGUGGAGGCAGCUUCCACACUACUAGGUGCCAUAACGUCGUUCGCGGCCGGCUACCUGAAGAUCCGCUGGAAGCUGUGGUCGGAGCUGGUCAUCGGCGGGAUCACGGCCAUCAUGGCCGCCCUCCUGCUGCUCAUGGGCAGCACGGAGAACAUCUGGGUGUGUUACGUCACCUACAUCCUAUUCCGAGGCUUCUACCAAUUCUUGGUUCCUAUCGCCAUUUUCCAAAUCGCAUCUUCGCUGACUAAGGAGCUGUGCGCUUUGGUGUUUGGUGUGAACACUUUCCUCGGGACCAUCUUCAAGUCCAUCAUCACCCUCAUAAUCGCUGAUAAACGAGGGCUUGCUUUGCCAGUUGAGUCACAGUUUUUUGUGUACUUUGGCUUCUUUGUGGUCCUGACGGGGGUCUACUUGGCAAGUGCGGCCUGGGUCAUCACGCAACACUAUCGGAACACACACAAAGAGGGCGAAGUCCCGCCCACAGCCAUGAGCCCCAUUGAGUCCGAGGCGACAGAAUCAGAGCCUCUGUCUAAUGGCGGCGGGGUGAAAACAUGAGCAAACUCAGGUGGGAGAUAUUGUGACUGUGAGUCGAUGCUGAUACAGAGGGUGACUUUACCUAGCAGAUUGCACGGGAUUUACUGCACAGCUGUAUACAGUAAUGACUGUAGAUGACAAGGUAGAGUGAUCCUUUAUAUGCAGAAGUGCCUUGUGCCACAGAAUCUUAGAUCCGUUAAUGAACAGUUGUUACACAUGUAACGAUUUGAACCUCAGUUUGUAGAAGCAGUAGUGUUUGCUACUAAUUCUAGCCCAUUCAGAGCACACAUUAUUUGUGAAUUGUUUUUGGAUUUCUUUUGGUGUCUUCGGUCACCAGAAGAAUUGUCAGUGUUCCACACCAUUCACUUUUAGAGACACAUUUUGUUGUAUAGUGACUGAUACAUCAGUGCUCAAGACUUUGACUCUGCAGAGUUUUUUUUGCUGGUAUGUUUUUAAGUUGUGCUGGAAGCUCUUUUUAAAAAAAUGUUUUUAACAAUCGUCUUUCCUGCUUCGGAUCGUUGAGAAACGUUCAGGUGACUAUUCAAGUCAGUACAGUAUUUAUUGUGUUGUUUUUUUUUUGCCAAGUGAAAUAUGGGAUCAUUACAUAAGGAUAUGUAAAAUGUGUUUCAAUGAAGGACCCACACCACGCUUCCCUAGAGGGACCAAAUGUUAUUGUGCCACAAUUCUCUGCAUGCGCUCCCGGUAGUUAACUACAAUUUUUCUUCUAGUAGGUUCAGGUCCACAACUGUUCAGCAGUCUGUCAACAUUUGUCAUCCUAAGCCAGCCUUUGUCUAGCCAUGUACUAUAUAUUUAUAGUCUUUACUGCUUGUGUAAACAAGCACAGACGUUGGUACGUUUAUUCUUUGCCUGACCUUGUGACAAAAUAAUAUCAGUGGAAGGGUUAUAGAACUUGUAUAUAUCAGCAUUUUACAGUGAAAACACAUGUAAGAAAUGUUACUGAAUAACCAGCCUUCGACAUUGUCAGUAUUUUCGUACAUAUGGCACAAUAGUCCAACCAGUCAUGCAGAUGUGACACAUGCUGUUUUAAUGCUGGUGAGGGUUGUGGUGGAUGCUGCAUGUACCUGCCUGCCUCUUCUCAAGGGGGAGGUGUCGGAUCAGUCAGUCUGGGCGAUUCAUACUCUGUGUUCACAACACAUUGAUACGUAGGACAAAGUAGAAUGUCAGGAGUUAGUAUGCUGCUUCACUGAUUUCUGGUUCCUAGCAAUGCAACAAAAUGCUUCCAGUUAUACUUUAUAACUAUAUAAUAGUUUUAUCAUAUCACUUUUUUUAUCCUUAGAAUUUGACCAGUAAAUGCUGGGUUUUGCUGACAAUAUCUUUUCCAAAUUUGCGACACUCCUAUAGUUUGAUUGUUAAUGUGAUUUGUUGAAUAACUCUGAUUACUCAGUGAUUUCUUUUUUUUUGGAGUUAGUCUGAUUCAUCUUAGUUAGAGCUAGCACUUCAGGAAAACUUCGGUACGUCUCUACAGGGUUACCAGUACACACAGCAGAACUGCAAACUAGAAUAUGGUGUCUAUGGCCCAUGUGAAAACAUAUGUCUCUACAGGGUAACCGGUACACACACCAGAACUGCCAACUAGAAUGUGGUGUCUAUGGUCCAUGUGAACUUUCACACUAGUGCCAUGAUCCUGUAAUAAUAUAAAGAAUUCCAAAAAUGUUUUUAAUGUCAUGUUCACUGAUUCAUGCAACUGCAAUAGGAAGCUAUUUUAAAAUGCGUAGGAAUGUUCACUUAACUGCACUUCUCUGAUAGAUUUUGAAAAAGGCACUUUUAUCAUUUUUGUGGAAGAAGGCCUUUGGGAAGCUAAGGAAUCAGAUUACUGUGAUUGCGCCUUGUCACACUGUAUCAUUAAUAGAUAAACAUAAUUUGAGUGAUGGUAGUUCUGCUUUGAGUUGAGUUUUAGUCCCACCCUUAGCUGGUCAGGGAAGCCACCAUGGAUGUGGUUUGAGACGUCAGCACUCAUGUCACUCAACACUGCACUUACUGAUUACUAUUAAAAACAAAUCAUUGACAGAGGACAGCUUUUUUUUCUAUGUUAUAGAAUAUUUGGAUGCAGUUUACAGCCUUGGUGGGGCAUGAGUGAUUUUUAUGGGCUUUUGUAAGCUAAAAUGUCAUGAUGUAGCAGCAGAAUGACAUGCACAUAUUAUCUUAACUCAGAUAUUAUCUGUGUUGGAUGUGGAUCAACAAAUGAUUUCUCUAAGCAGCUGAUCCUUAUUAUGUAUGACCCAGAAUAUGUAUUUUUUUCUUUCCUAAACUGAUUUUCUUUUGUAAUGCUUGAGUUUUAUACUAAUAUUGUUCUGGAUGAUUUUGAGUCAUAACUGUGGAACUACUAUUGCU